UCUCUGUAAACAUCUUUUUCAGGUGUUCGUCCGCGGUGAAGAAUAUAGUCCCGGUUCUAUAAAUUGAAAGAGUCAGCGCUUCUAAGUCCUUUUCAGUUGAGCUCUGAAGUGUGUUGCGGAUCAUGUCAGGUGGUUCUGAGGAUUAUACUAGAGACCAUGGCGGCCCUGAAGGCAUGGACCCCGAUGGUGUCAUUGAGAGCAACUGGAAUGAAAUUGUUGACAAUUUUGAUGACAUGAAUCUUAAAGAAUCUCUUCUGAGAGGCAUUUACGCUUAUGGUUUUGAAAAGCCGUCGGCGAUACAACAAAGGGCAAUCAUUCCAUGUAUCAAAGGGUAUGAUGUGAUUGCUCAAGCUCAGUCAGGUACUGGCAAGACAGCCACAUUUGCUAUUUCCAUCCUGCAGCAGCUGGAGAUUGAUCUCAAGGAGACCCAAGCUCUAGUAUUGGCCCCUACAAGAGAACUCGCUCAACAGAUACAGAAAGUUAUUUUGGCGUUGGGUGACUAUAUGGGAGCAACGUGUCAUGCUUGCAUUGGAGGCACAAACGUUCGAAAUGAGAUGCAGAAGCUACAGGCUGAGGCACCUCACAUUGUUGUUGGAACGCCCGGGCGAGUUUUCGACAUGUUAAAUCGGAGAUAUCUUUCUCCCAAAUGGAUCAAGAUGUUUGUUUUAGACGAGGCAGAUGAAAUGCUGAGUCGUGGAUUCAAGGAUCAGAUCUAUGAAAUUUUUCAGAAGUUGAGCACCAACAUUCAGGUUGUCCUGCUUUCUGCCACAAUGCCAACAGAUGUGUUGGAAGUGACAAAGAAAUUCAUGAGGGAUCCAAUUCGCAUCUUGGUCAAAAAAGAAGAGUUAACCCUGGAGGGUAUUAAACAGUUCUACAUUAAUGUUGAACGAGAGGAAUGGAAGCUGGACACACUCUGUGACUUGUAUGAGACAUUAACAAUUACACAGGCUGUAAUUUUCCUCAAUACAAGAAGAAAGGUUGACUGGCUUACAGAGAAAAUGCAUUCAAGGGACUUUACAGUCUCUGCUCUGCAUGGUGACAUGGACCAGAAAGAGAGGGAUGUUAUUAUGAGGGAAUUUCGUUCUGGAUCGAGUAGAGUGUUAAUCACCACAGACUUGCUGGCUCGUGGCAUAGAUGUGCAGCAAGUUUCCCUGGUUAUAAAUUACGACCUACCUACCAAUCGUGAAAACUACAUUCACAGGAUUGGCCGUGGAGGUCGGUUUGGCAGGAAAGGUGUGGCAAUUAACUUUGUUACAGAAGAGGACAAACGGAUUCUCCGUGAUAUUGAGACUUUCUACAAUACUACAGUGGAGGAGAUGCCCAUGAAUGUGGCAGACCUUAUUUGAUCCAUGGGAGGCGAUUGAAUGCAGUGCUCGCUGUUGCUGAAUAGGCGAAUCACAACGUGCAUUGUGCUUUCUUUGCAAACAUUGAAUCUGGUCUCAAUGCUCCAUUACGGAUCAGAAAACAAACUUUGAGAAGCAAAGUGACGGCAGUCAUAUGCUCUGGAAGAAAGGCUGUUAGGCUUUUUUCUCUCUCCAGAAUUGAGACUGUUGGGGUGGAUUGUAAAGCUAUGGGGUCUUUACAUUUUCUUUUAAUUAGACAUUUAUUUCCUAGUUCAGUAGAAGUGGUUGUGUUAGAUGUUCUUUAUCAUUUAAUAACUUACUUAUGGACUAAAAGAUAUAAGUGCUGUAUAAAGUCAGCCAAUUAUGUUAAACUAUCGUAUAUACCUUUAUUGUACAUUUCAGAUUUAGACUUUACUAAAUUGAAAGGACUAUACUUUUUUUGUAUUUAUUCAAUAAAGUAAUGUGUUGACGUGA